AUGUCUCGAAUACGAGAAGUCUGGGCGCCCAAUCUCGAGCAAGAGAUGAAUAACAUCCGCGACCUCAUUGACAAGUAUCCCUACGUCGCAAUGGACACUGAGUUCCCUGGUGUCGUCGCGCGGCCAAUCGGAUCCUUCAAGACGUCGUCCGACUACCACUACCAGACCAUGCGGUGUAACGUCGACCUACUGAAGAUCAUCCAGGUCGGGCUCACGUUGGCGGACGAGGAUGGGAGCUACCCGCAGGACGUCUCCACAUGGCAGUUCAACUUCCACUUCAGCGUGAACGACGACAUGUAUGCUCCUGAGUCGAUUGAGCUGCUGCAGAAGUCUGGGAUUGACCUUCAACGACACGAGGAAAUGGGUAUCGAGCCCAACGACUUCGCCGAGCUGAUGAUCACGUCGGGGCUUGUGCUUACGCCAGAAACGAAGUGGAUAUCGUUCCAUAGCGGCUACGAUUUUGGCUACUUCGUGAAGCUCCUUACUGCCGAAUCAUUACCUACGACAGAAGAAAUGUUCUUCGAUGUCCUACGGACAUGGUUCCCAACGAUAUACGACAUCAAGUUCGUUAUGCGAGCAUGUAAGGUGUUGAAGGGCGGUCUACAAGACGUCGCAGACGACCUCGGGGUCAUGCGAAUAGGACCUUCACAUCAAGCAGGGUCCGAUUCGCUCCUCACCGCCUCCACCUUCUUCAAGAUGCGCGAACUCUACUUCAACGACUACAUCGACGACGCAGAGUACAACCACAAGCUCUACGGGCUCGGCCAGACCUUCAUCGCGAACGGCAUCGGCGAGCCCAUGCGCGGGACCGCAGCGACGAUCGCCGAGCGCGAGGACCGCACCGGCGCGUCGCGCGAGCACAACCAGACGCCCGGCCCCGGUCAGAACCACAGCGUUGCCGCCGUCGCGAUGGGCCUUGGCGGCUCGAUGAGCACCCCGGCGUUGGCAUCGUCACUGGCCGCGCCUUUGCCACCAGGGACACCGUACGGCGCCAUGGGCGCAAAUGGGCCGUAUAUGCGGACGGCGAUCGGUGUGGGUGGGAGGUAG